UGCAGCACGAAGCGCUUCGCAAUGCACAGCUGAGGUGAGAAGAAAACAACAUGAGCUGAUGAAGUCUGACUGCACGGCCUCAAAAAUGUGGACCGAGGUGAAAAACAACAGUAACUCUGUCACCAGCAGCGGGAACAGUUCGAAGAUGGUUGACCCAGAUAUGACAUUGCAGCUGCUUCAACAGAGAAACGGUUCGGCUGCAGCUGCCACUCGUCCUUCUUGCACAGAGGACUCUUUAACCAGGACCGGCGGCAUCAUCCCCGGUGUGAUUGCAGCCACAGUGUUCAUCAGCUUUUUACUUGCUCUCUACACUGUCCUUUGGAAGUGCAUGGUGUCGCCACCACAAAGAAAGAACAGCAAGGCGAGAGUAAGGGUGCAACAUAGAACCUCUGUGUGAAGUCGCGGCCUUGUGGUUGAAAAUACCCUUCAUCUGUUCAGCAGGUCCUUUUAAAUAUUAAUGAUGCAAACUGCUCCUGGUCUGAGAGCUGAGAGUAGCACCAGGGUUCUGAAGAUCCUCCUUAUAGAUUCAAAGAUCAAACCACAAAAAACUAACUCAACUGAACUGAGUGGACGUGCUAUCUUUUCACCUCAGCUUUUCUGUUUGCUGAUGGCUCCUGUUGACACGAAACUGACAGGUCAAACUGUGCUGCUUUCUUCUGUUUUGUUUUUUUCUGUGAACUCUGCACUACUGAGGGAUGAGGAAGCUCAGGCCACCGCUUGCUCCAAUGACCAAAAAAGCUGUGUGUGUGUGUGUGUGUCUGUGUGUGUCUGUGUGUGUCUGUGUGUGUGUGUCUGUGUGUGUGUGUGUGUGUGUGUGUCUGUGUGUGUGUGCUCCAAAUGGACAGUUUUGUCUUAACCUGACAACCUGUUAUGUAUUCUUAUUUAUUUUUAAUAUUUUAGACUGCAGAUAAUUGCAUCAGUAGGUUGCCUUUGCAUACAACUUUAUAUUUCCUGAUGCUUAUGGAAAAACUCCAAAAGCUGUCUCAGUGUUCAAGAUAAUCAAACAACCACCUCCGCUCAAGUCUUUAGAAAGCAUUAACUGAAAAUCUAGCCACUGACUUUGAUUUAGUUUUAUCGUCUUAUGUUGUCUUCUCUGAAAUCCACAUUUUCUUUACUCAGGAUGAUUUAACUACUGUAUGACUUUUCAUUCAUUAUAAGAAACUGUGACUUGUUCUUUUUUAUAUUUAGUGGAAUUUAAUAUAAAUAAAUUCUUAGUGACUGAGUCACAAUUUG